AUGGGCUAUUGGGCUGGAUCAGAUCGGAUGCGCUGGUUCACGACCCCUCAUCCCCUCUUGUUGUGCCGUCGUGCGCCACCGCCACCGCCGCUCGCCGUCCCCUCCCUCCCGUCCUCCGGCGGAGCGAAGCCGUUCUCGACUCCGAACAGCCGGAGCAAGGUAGGAAGGAUGGGGGAGGAUGGCAACGGGAAGGGGGAGGCCAAGAAGACAGGCCUGGAGGGCACUGGCGUGUCUCUCCCGGGCAGCUCCCACGGCAAUCUACGAAGCGCCGGGAGCGACCAGCAGCUGAAGCAGAAGCUCGAUUCCCUCAAAUCGUCCAAAUCGCCCGCUGUUAUCAACUAUGGUGCUUCAUGGUGCCGUGUUUGCAGUCAGAUCCUUCCACCCUUCUGCAGGUUCAGCAAUGAAUUCAAGAAUCUUACUUUCAUCUAUGCUGAUAUUGAUGAAUGCCCAGAAACAACACAAAACAUCCGAUACACCCCAACCUUCCAUUUUUACCGGGAUGGAGAGAAGGUCGAUGAGAUGCUUGGUACAGGAGAAGAGAGACUGCAUGAUCGGCUAUGGCUUCAUUCUUGAAAGUAAUUUGCCAGGCCAUUGUUAGCAUGCACAAUAUUUGCUGUAUCUCUUUUCUGACAUUGAUAUUUUUCUAAUUUUUAUGCUUCGUUAUCAAACUCUGAGACAAUUCAAGAGUUUAUGUUGGUGUUUGUUGAUCUUGGUCACCUUUAAUGACAUAAAGCAUUAUAUCAGAAUUGGUGUACCUGUUUUUCUCU